GGCUGGGGCGGGGCGGCCGCCGGUGCUGCUCACCCGGCCGAUCCGGGCCCUGGGCUGACGCCACGGCCCCGCCAAUCCGCUGCGGCCGGGCCGGGCCCGGCACCGCCCCCGGCGGCUCCCACUGGGACGGGCCGGAGCGGCCGCCGCCGCCGCCGCGGGUGCCCGGGCUGAGUCAGCGCCCCCGCCCAAGAUGAACAUCAUGGAUUUCAAUGUGAAGAAGCUGGCGGCUGACGCGGGCACCUUCCUGAGCCGCGCCGUGCAGUUCACAGAAGAAAAGCUUGGUCAGGCAGAGAAGACUGAACUGGAUGCUCAUCUGGAGAACCUUCUCAGCAAAGCAGAAUGCACUAAAUUGUGGACAGAAAAAAUAAUGAAGCAAACAGAAGUAUUAUUGCAGCCAAAUCCAAAUGCCAGAAUAGAAGAAUUUGUCUAUGAGAAGCUGGACCGCAAAGCACCAAGUCGCAUGAAUAACCCAGAGUUACUAGGCCAGUACAUGAUUGAUGCUGGGAAUGAAUUUGGCCCAGGAACAGCCUAUGGAAAUGCACUCAUUAAAUGUGGAGAAACACAAAAGCGAAUUGGGGCAGCAGACAGAGAGCUAAUUCAAACUUCUGCUAUAAACUUUCUCACUCCCCUAAGAAACUUUAUUGAAGGAGACUAUAAAACUAUUACUAAAGAACGUAAACUGUUACAAAAUAAAAGACUGGAUUUGGAUGCUGCAAAAACCAGACUGAAGAAGGCAAAAGUUGCAGAAGCUCGAGCUGCACAACUAAACACCUCUCAGCCUGAAGAGAAUAACAUUAUGGUAAAUGUCUCUUACAUGCUCAACUUGCUGCAUGUAAAAUGGCUAAAGUCUGAGCAGGAAGUGCGAAUUACUCAGAGUGAAUUUGACCGUCAAGCAGAGAUUACCAGGCUGCUGCUGGAAGGAAUCAGCAGCACACAUGCACAUCAUCUCCGCUGUCUGAAUGACUUUGUUGAAGCUCAGAUGACCUAUUAUGCACAAUGCUACCAAUAUAUGUUGGAUCUCCAGAAACAACUUGGAAGCUUUCCAUCUACUUUCCUCUCUAACAACAAUCAGUCUUCCACAACUCCUGUGCAGAGUGUUUCUUCUCCCUCAGUCUUGGCCUCAGCCUCUGCUUCAUUGCCUUCAGUAAGCAAUUCAAUGGUUACUUCAGGCCUCAGUGAACUGAAGUCAUCAAGUGGCAGCAGAAAAGCAAGAGUUCUCUAUGAUUAUGAUGCUGCAAACAGCAGUGAAUUAUCUCUACUUGCAGAUGAGGUGAUAACAGUGUACAGUAUCCCUGGCAUGGAUUCAGACUGGCUGAUGGGUGAAAGGGGAAAUCAGAAAGGCAAAGUGCCUAUUACUUAUUUAGAACUGCUAAACUAAAUGGUUGGCCUGAAUAGAGACUGUCAAUUAUGGCAACAACAUAUUUAUAUACAAUUAACGUUAUGUAAGCAGGUUUAUGUGUCUUCCAUGUUAUUGUCUUGAGGGACAAAUACCAGCCAUUAAAAACUGGCUUUUCUGCCAGCAUGGUUGCACGGUCAAUACUCUAUUCAAACUUAAUGUGUUUAAAGCUUUUACUUCAUGUGCCAAGAACGUUUCCUACAGAUUUGUUUCUACUGAAGUUUUCACUAAUACAAGCUUCUACUUUUGAGUAAUCUAGAUUGAAAGCAGGAGGUACUGUUUUCUACUGAAAUUUUUCAUUAAUGGCAAAGCUUUUCUUCACAUGAAAUAAACUUAUUGUGAACUGA